GCUCAGGGACCGACGAUCUUGGCAGCAGCCAAUGGGAACAACAGUGAAUGGAUAUUGCUCGUUCAGUAUGGAUCUCUGCACCUCCUGCAAGUUUCACUCGACCUCUCUCUUCCCUCUAUUCGCAAAUCAGAGUCCAACCUUGGGCCUCCCUAUGAGUCAUGGCGCCAUCUUUCCUGGGAAAAUUGCGUCGUCGCCGCCGUCGCGAUGACAACAACAUCGUCGAGCCUUCUCCGCAUCCGGAAGUCUCAAAAAUGCGGGGAUCAACCCAAGCGCUUCCAUUGUUGUCCACACAAAACAUCAAUCCCGAAAACAACCGGCAUGCAGACGCUUAUAAGACAGAGAAGUACGAUGCACUCUGCAGACUUCACGCUCAGCCUGCCAACGCAUCCAAGACCGACGCCGACGAAUCCCCACGAGACACUCACGCCUUUAUAGAACCCGGCGUUGACCCCUCAGACCAAGAACCAGCCUUCACCUGGCAGGACAUUGAGCCACGGGCGGAUCCCAACCCACCACCAAUCUUAGAAUACUUCAACUACGAACUAUCACCUACCGAAAAGGACAACCUGCUCUACAUGGAGACCCAACGGCAGACCUCCGCGCGAAGCGCAGGAACAAUAGUCCACCUUUCUACUGUACCCGAAGCACGAGAGCUACGAUCCGCGCUGGAGCGCGCAGUUCAAGCGAGAAUGCUCGGUGGCGCAGUGAUCGUCAACCACGAAGGCCUCCCGCACUUCCUCUCGCCGCAGGAGGAGGAGGAACGACAGGUCUCUUUGAGGCGCGCAGUGGAGGAGAGGAUGCUGGGCCUUCCGCGUCGGACGACCUUUACCUGGGCGCAAUCGCAUGGCCCUUCGUUACCGUCUUAUUCGCCUGAGAGAUACAACUAGUCGACCGGCUUUAUCUCGACAGACUGGGGAUUCGGAGUUCAGGAUUAGGCGUUUAAAGUUGACAUUCUAUCUUGCAUUGUACAGCACACCUUGGCGUCUGGUCAUUCUUGUACAUACCCUCGUUUGAAUCUGCUCGGUUCAGAGCAUCGACGCGUUCGCUUAUGAGCCUACGGGCCUGGUCGGUUGCACCUUGACAUGAGAAUUGAGAUAAUAUUUACUCUUAAUAUGCAUUUUUAACAGG